CUAAGAUAAAAUAAUUUGCGCCUCACAUCAUUCUACAACUACAAUUUCUCAUUUCUCUCAUCAAUUAUAAGUCGUGAGUAUAAGCUAUUAAGUUAAACUCAUAAACAUAUAAAAAUAUGCGACAUCGACCAUACAUAUAGCUGGGUUAAUAAGUCCAAAUUUAUCAUAGAAAAUGAGGUUGAAUGAGAAUAUUGCCAUCUCGACCAGCAGGGUCCUGCUCGUGCCGUACGACGCGCACCAUGUACAGCAAUACCACAGGUGGAUGGAAGAUCCCUCUAUCCGCGAAGCCACAGCCUCGGAACGCCUCUCGCUAGACGAGGAGUACGAGAACCAGGCGUCGUGGCGCGAGUCGCGAGAUAAACUCACGUUUAUCGUGUGCGCGCCGUUGCCGCGCGAUGGUGAUGAUGGUGAUGUUCCGAGUACGGGCAAAAAGGGGGAAGCCGUGCUGGCGGGAGUAGGAGAUGCGGUAGACAGGAUGGUGGGGGACGUUAAUUUGUUUCUGAGCCCUUGGGAUGGCGACGAUGAGGAUCAAGCGCAAAGGGGAGACGAAAAGGAAACCCAGACGUACUACACGGCGGAAAUCGACAUCAUGAUCGCGGACCCCAAGUUCCGGGGCAUAGGUCUCGGCCGCGCGGCCGUCGCUACGUUCUUGUACUUCGUACGGCGGCAUUUGGACGGUAUCCUGGCCGAGUACACGGGCUCCCUCGACACCUCUGCCGCAAAGAGCAAGCCUAGGUUGAAAGAUGUCGUGGCUAAGAUUAACGCUGAUAAUAAGGCUAGCAUCGUGCUAUUCCAAGCUCUCGGGUUCAAGCAGAGAGGCGAGAAGAAUUACUUUGGCGAGAUAGAGAUGGUGUUUGAAGGGUUUGGGGAGAUGGAGGAGUGGGAAGAGACGAGCCCUUCUGUGAUGGGUGAUACGUAUAGGGAGUUGGUUUAUGAUAGAUCGCGGCUGAAGGGUAGAGUAGACGAUGAGUGAGCUCUAUGAUAUAGAUGUGAGAUGUCACGGGUAGAGAUCUAUUGGUAUAUGCAUCUUAUGUAUUAUUUAUACAGGUGACUCCCCGAU